UCAGUCGUUAAUUGUUUAAUUACCGAUUUCUUAAAGGGAAGCAGCUGCUCGUACGUCUGUUUAAACUUUCGUGGGUGCUUCCUUGCUUUAAUUUGGACGGGACUGGUUUUCUGAAGGAGCAGCGUGCAGAUCGCUGUCCGCGGAUGUUACCGGGCCCCUGUGCAUGCGGGGAAACCUGGUUCCUAAGAUCUCCGUGUCUUUUCUGUUCCAGGUGCUUUGCUGCCCUCGGCCAUGCUCUCCAGGUAAGACAUGCCCCUCCGCGGGGCAGGCGCACUUCUGCAGCCGGCAAGCGGGAGGCUCGCCUGAACAUGGAGAGAUAAGACGCAGGCCCACGUGACCGAGCGCCGUGCCCGCCCCGGCCGGGCGAGCCCUCGUCGACGAGAUGGACCGCCCCCGAGAGGCCGAGACGGAGCUGAGAAGGGGCCCCAGCCCACCCAGGGCCAGCAGGAGCCCCGAGGCGGACGGGGACAAGGCGCUGAGCCACAGCUGCUGCAUCUGCGGCAAGAGCUUCCCCUUCCAGAGCUCCUUGUCCCAGCACAUGCGCAAGCAUACGGGCGAGAAGCCCUACAAGUGUCCCUACUGCGACCACCGGGCCUCCCAGAAGGGCAACCUGAAGAUCCACAUCCGCGGCCACCGCACGGGGACUCUGAUCCAGGGCCACGAGCCCGAGGCGGGCGAGAUGCGCGUGUCCGAGGGCCUGGACGGCUGCGCCAGCCCCACGAAGAGCACCUCGGCCUGCAACAAGAUCCUGAACGGCGCCAGCCAGGUGGACAGCGGCAAGAUCCUGCUGCGGAGCAGCAAGAAGGAGGCGGCGGGGGCGGCGUGCGCGGCGGAGGAGGCCGCGGCGGCGGGGGCGGCCGCGGCGGCGGGGGCGGGGCAGUGCUCCUUCUGCAAGAGCAAGUUCGAGCGCAGGAAGGACCUGGAGCGGCACGUGCACCAGGCGCACAAGCCCUUCAAGUGCCGGCUGUGCAGCUACGUGACGCUGCGGGAGGAGUCGCUGCUCAGCCACGUCGAGAAGGACCACAUCACGGCCCAGGGGCCCCGCGGCGACGCCUUCGCGGAGAACGGCAAGCCUGAGCUGCCCCCUGGCGAGUUCCCCUGCGAGGUGUGCGGCCAGGCCUUCAGCCAGACCUGGUUCCUGAAGGCGCACAUGAAGAAGCACAGGGGCUCCUUCGACCAUGGCUGCCACAUCUGCGGCCGGAGAUUCAAGGAGCCGUGGUUCCUGAAAAACCACAUGAAGGCACACGGCCCGAAGGCGGGGAGCAAGAACAGGCCCCGGAGCGAGCUGGACCCCAUCGCCACCAUCAACAACGUGGUGCAGGAGGAGGUGAUUGUGGCCGGCCUGAGCCUCUACGAAGUCUGCACCAAGUGCGGAAACCUGUUUACGAACCUGGACAGCUUGAACGCGCACAACGCCAUCCACCGCCGGGUGGAGGCCGGCCGGCCGCGGGCCCCCGUCGGGGAGGACCCGGCGCCCGGCCCCGCCGACUCCCAGCAGCUCUUCCUUCAGUGCCUGAACCUGCGCCCGGCGGCCGGCGCGCCCGCCCGCGGGCAGGCCGGGCGGCGCGUGGCCGAGCUGGAUCCGGUCAACAGCUACCAGGCCUGGCAGCUGGCCACGCGGGGCAGGGUGGCCGAGCCGGCCGAGUACCUCAAGUACGCGGCGUGGGACGAGGCGCUGGCCGGGGACGUGGCCUUCGACAAGGAGCGGCGCGAGUUCAUCCUGGUGAGCCAGGAGAAGCGCAAGCGCGAGCCCGAGCCCGGCGCGCAGGGGCCCCCGCGCAAGAGGGCGGGCGCGCCCGGGGACCCCGCGCCCGGGCCCCCGGAGCCCCGGCCGGCCGCGCGCCCCAGCCGCCGCGCCGCCCCCGCCGGCCACGGCAAGUCGUCCGAGUGCUUCGAGUGCGGCAAGAUCUUCCGCACCUACCACCAGAUGGUGCUGCACUCGCGGGUGCACCGCCGCGCGCGCCGCGACCGCGACCGCGACGGCCCCGGGGACCGCGCGCCCCGCGCCCGCUGCGGCUCGCUCAGCGAGGGCGACUCAGCCUCACAGCCCAGCAGCCCCGGCUCGGCCUGCGCCGCCGCCGACUCCCCGGGCUCCGGCCUGGCCGACGAGGCCGCCUACGAGAGCGGAGAGGAGAGCGCGGCCCACCCUGCACCAGGGACAAAGCCACACCGCUGCUGCUUUCCAGAAGAAGUAGCCUCCGCUGCGCUCUCCAACGGAGACCAAAGUCACACACUUGGAAAUAACCCAUCGGGAAGAGCCGCCAGGGAGCCCGGCGCGGGGAUCGCAGCUUCUGUGUCCGUACUUGAAAGCAGUAGCGGAGACACUUCCAAGAGAGCAGAGAAGCCUAGGUUUUCUCUGGACUUAAAGAUGCCAGCAUUUCACCCCAAGCAAGAAGGCCCCGGCUCCAGGGACGCUGCGGACUUCUCUUCACAUCCCACUCAGACUGCAGAUCUGCAGCUGCCCUCGGAGAGCCGAGCCACCCACCCGAAAGAGAAGCUGUCCGAUUUGCACAAUAAGGAGCGUUCCGGGGGAGGGAAGAGGGCGCCGGCCCCAGACCUGACCCCGCUGGACCUGAGUGAGCGGUCGACGCGGGAUGACCCCAGCCACAGGGAGCUGGCCUCCUCCCUGCAAGCUGCUCUGGCCGUGCACCCGUGUCCUUACUGCAACCACAAGACCUACUACCCCGAGGUGCUGUGGAUGCAUAAACGCAUCUGGCACAGGGUCAGCUGCCACUCCAUGGCCCCCCAGUGGGUUCAGCCCAACGGUUACAAAAGCAUCAGAAACAACUUGGUUUUCCUCACCCGGAGCGGACGCACGGGCCCCCCGCCUGCCCUUGGGGGCAAAGAGUGCCAGCCCCUGCCCAUCUCCCGGUUCACCCGCACUCAGGUGCCGGGCGGGGCGCCGGGCCCCAGAGGGAGCCCCUCGGCCCUGGGGGGGCCCACGAAGGCCGCCGGCUUGCCCAGGAGCAAGGAGAGCCACCCCGGGGGGCCCUGCGCACUCUGGGCGGCCGGCCCCGACGGGCAUCGGCAGGCCAAGCCCGGCCCCGGCCCCGGCCCCGAGCAGCCCGGGGCUCCGCCGCCCCCGUCCAAGCCCAAGCAGGAGGCCGGCCCCAGACCCGGGCCCGCGGUGGGCGGCGGGGGCUUCAGCAGAAGUGCCACACCGACCCCCACCGUCAUCGCCCGGGCGGUGCCCCAGCCCCCGGCCCACAGCCGGCAGGGGGACAAGUAUGGCCUCCCCCCAGCGGGGGCCGGCCUCGGUCCCCCAAGUAAGCACAGCGCCCUGGACCCGCCCAAAGCCAAAUUCAGCCCUCAGCCUCAGGGUCAAGCGCACGGGAAAGGUGACGGCGGCCCCCCUCUACCUCCCCGCGAGCCCCCCGCCAAGGCCGGCUCCAGAGGGACUGCGGCCUCGCAGGCCCAGCCCGUCCUGCACAACGUCAAGCAGGAGCCUGCGUCCGAGGGCCCCGAGAAGCGCCUGGACAUCCUCAGCAUCUUUAAGACGUACAUUCCAAAGGACUUUGCUUCCCUCUACCAGAGCUGGGGCGGCAACGGCCCUGCGCUGGAGCACAGAGGGACGCUCCGGACGCCGGCCCACCAGGGAGACUUGGUGUGCAUGGAGUGUGGAAAGCGCUUCCACCAGUCCAGCCAUCUCCGGGCCCACACGCGGGCUCACACAGUGUUGUUUGAGUCUAACGGCCUCCGAGGUGCUGAAGCCCACGCCACCUCCGCAGAUGCCCCCAAACAAGGGAGAGACCAUUCUAAUGCAGAUACUGUCCAAACAGUGCCUCUCAGAAAGGGAACCUAGAGACACGCUUUCACCAUCCCAGGUGCCCCCCGCCCGGGACAGCGUCCGCAGUUCCCUUGUGGAUGUCCUGACCGUGACCCUGACCUCCCCGUGGAAGAACUCCCGACCGGACACCUCAGAUCCUGCAGCCGCUGGGCGGAGCGGAAGCUGGAGGGAGGGCUUCUCCUUGUUACACGUUAAACACCAACGAAGAUGCUCGACUUAGAAUUACAUGUAGAUAUUCUAGAUGCAUACACGUGCUCACCGACCGUAGUCCGUAUUUUCUUACACUAAACGGUGGAGGUGGGAGGCACGGUAGGAGCACAAGCAUCGAUGUCGUUCAAGACAGGUUUGAGACACUGGAAGAAAGAUGCUCGUGCGUGUCGGACAGAGUGAAGCAGCCAAGCACUGUAACAGAAGCCGCCGGCGCUCAGAGGCCUGUUGGAGGGGACGUCAGGACAGACAGCGGAGGGGGUCCAGGUUGACGGAGUUGUGACGCUCUGGCCUCUCCUUGUCUUAGUGGAUAUUUAACAUAGCGAAUAAAAGAGGAAGGAUGGGUGUGGAGGUGCUGUGGAAACGGGCUCGA